GAGCGCCGCGCUAGAGCCCCUCGUCGGGGCUGAGCCUCCUCUCUCCCGCUGGGCGCGCACGCCUUGAAAGGCGGGAUUUAACGGCAGCGAUGCUGCGGGAGACUCUGCAGUGUCAACGAGCCUCCGAACAGUCCCGCCUCAUUCGCUCUGGUGUGUGUGCUUCGCAGGUCCCUGCCUGGUAAGCCGUCGCCAGCUUCGGCGCGAGCGAGUAGCGUUUGCGCGUUCAGACCCGGGGUCCUCGGCCUGGCCGGGGGCCCGGCGGACUGCUGGUCCUGGCCGCAGCGCAGCACCGAGUCGGGCGCGCACAGCGGGCUCUGAGCACACGCCUCACACCUGGGCGAGGCCGGGCGCGCAAGCGCGUGGGCCGCUGCCGGGAGCCUCACCUCCGCGCGCUCAAGAGUUGGACGGUUUCUGGGCCGCACCGGGCCGAGUUAUAGCCGCCGCCACGGUCCGCGCUGCAGCAGAUCGCAGGAGAGCGUCUGCGCAAAGCCCCAACGCAACCCCGGCGGGAUCGCCGCAGCCGCAGGAGCAACAGCUUCCCUGCUGAAGGAGCCGCUGCCCCAUGAGCCCGGGGCUAGCGCGCGGAGAUGUUCUAUGUAUCAACUUCAUCAAAGAUUAAAUUGAUAUCUAUGGGCUAACCUGGAAAACUAAAUGCCAUUUGUUUCACAACUUUCAUAAGAAAAUAUGUCCAAAUUACCAGCAGCAGACUUAUAAAGGGGCUUUUGGAACACAACCCAAUGUAUGAAGUACCCCUUAAGCCCUGACAACUACCUUGAAGAUGGAAUUAUGAAUAUGGCAACUUUUCUACGGGGAUUUGAAGAAAAGGGGAUAAAGAAUGACAGUCCAGAGGAGCAGCUGAGUAAAGAGAAAAAGAAAAUUCUGUUCUCCUUCUGUGAGGUGUGCAACAUCCAGCUGAACUCUGCAGCCCAGGCGCAGGUCCAUUACAAUGGCAAAUCCCACCGCAAACGAGUAAAGCAGCUGAGUGAUGGGCAGCCCCCACCUCCAGCUCAGGGCUCAGGGCCGCUGCUGGCCAGUCCCGGCACCACCGCCAGCACAGGCAGCACAUGCCACACUACUACCCUUCCUGCUCUGGUGCGCACACCUACCCUGAUGAUGCAGCCUUCACUGGAUAUCAAACCAUUUGUGUCUUUUCCAGUGGACAGUAGUUCUGCUGUUGGGCUCUUUCCAAAUUUCAAUACAAUGGAUCCUGUGCAAAAAGCAGUCAUAAACCACACAUUUGGAGUGUCCAUUCCCCCAAAGAAGAAGCAAGUUAUUUCUUGUAAUGUCUGUCAGCUUCGCUUUAACUCGGAUAGCCAGGCCGAGGCCCACUACAAAGGAAGUAAACAUGCCAAGAAGGUCAAAGCACUAGAGGCAACGAAAAAUAAGCCAAAAAUGGUUUCUUCCAAGGACAGCGCAAAGGCUAAUCCCAGCUGCGCCAUCACUCCAAUCACAGGCAACAGCUCUGACAAAUCAGAAGAUAAAGGGAAGUUAAAAGCCAACAGCACCAGUCAGCCAUCAAGCUCAGAAGGUAGCUCGUUUCUCCUCAAAUCUGGCACAACAGCCCUGCCACCUGGAGCAGCCACUUCUCCCUCCAAGAGCACAAAUGGAGGUCCUGGUACUGUCUGUGAAUCAGAAGAAGAAAAAGCCAAAAAAUUACUUUAUUGUUCACUAUGCAAAGUGGCUGUGAACUCCCUAUCACAGCUAGAGGCACACAACACAGGAUCUAAACACAAGACCAUGGUUGAAGCUCGUAAUGGGGCUGGCCCAAUUAAGUCCUAUCCUAGACCUGGAUCAAGAUUAAAGAUGCAGAAUGGCAAUAAGGGGUCAGGACUACAGAACAAGACAUUUCAUUGUGAAAUCUGUGAUGUUCAUGUUAAUUCAGAAAUUCAGCUCAAACAGCACAUUUCUAGCCGAAGGCAUAAGGAUCGAGUUGCAGGGAAACCGUUGAAGCCGAAAUACAGCCCUUACAACAAACUCCAGCGGAGCCCAAGUAUUUUAGCAGCAAAACUUGCAUUCCAGAAAGAUAUGAUGAAGCCUUUGGCCCCUGCCUUCUUGUCUUCACCCCUGGCGGCAGCCGCAGCAGUGUCUUCUGCACUGUCACUACCACCCCGGCCGUCGGCCUCACUCUUCCAGGCUCCAGCCAUACCUCCAGCUCUCCUGAGGCCAGGGCAUGGGCCCAUCCGGGCCACUCCAGCUUCCAUCCUCUUCGCUCCAUACUAAUGUCUGCAAGCUCCGAGACGGUUUCAGGCCAGUAGGAAGUUGAGAAGGAAAGCCAAAAGGAUUCAGCAAUUUAAGCAUUUUUUGUUGCAGGGCGCCCACCCACCCACAAGAUGUAGCAUACCACCCUUUCCCCCAGCUCCAAAGAAAAAAAUCACUAGAUUCAAGAGUACUUUAUGGACCGCUCCUCUAAUUUAAGAAUCUUUGAGCAGCAUAGGCUUUGAUCCCCUUCUUCUUUCCCUUCGUUCUACCCCCAUCAAUUUGCAUAUCUGGAUACUUGCUUUCUUGAAAAUGUAUUGGUCAGAAAAAAAAAAAGAAAAACAUUCUCUAUUUUUCCAUGGGUAUGAUCUGGCUUAGACACAAGAUGGGAUAUUUUCCUGACAGACUUGAAAACUAGGGUCUUCCUCACA